GAGAGAGGCCCUGGAGGCGCAGCACGCGAGUCGCAGCCUCUCCUUCCGAAGCAGAACCGUCGACGAUGCUGCUCGAGAGCGAGAUAACGAGGCUGGUGUCCGAGGGAGGAGUCCUCCUCGGCGAAGGCGUGUUCGGCUGGGCCUUCAGGGUCCGGUACCAGGGCAGGGACGCCGUGGUCAAGAUGGCCAAGGACAGGCAGCACGCCCAGCUCUUCCGGGAGGAGGUGCAGACCUUGGUGCAGCUGGACGGGCUCGGGGGGGCGCCCCGCGUGGCCACCAUCUGCGAGGACUAUCCCGGGUUCAUCAUGGACUACUGCGGCGGAGGGACCCUCCAAAGCAUGCUCAAGGACGGGCCCCCCGUGGGCGCCGUCCUGCGGGCGGUGCACGACCUCGCGCUGAGGCUUGAGGAGAUCCACCGGGCGGGAUACGCCCACAACGACCUCAAGGUCGACAACGUGAUGGUGGAGACGGGCGCCGACGGCCGCGUGCGGGCGCGCCUGAUAGAUCUGGGCCUCUGCGGGCGCCUCGGCGAGAGCCCCGGCCUGGAGGGAGACCCCAAGGUCCACCGCCACGUGGCCCCCGAGCUCCUGCGGAGGGGCGUGUCCAGCGUCGAGUCCGAGACUUACUCUCUCGGAUACGUCCUGCGCGACGUCCUGCGGGCGUACGCAGGCUCCCUCCCGAGGGAGUCCGAGCUGCGCUGCCUGGCGCGGGCCAUGACCUGCCCCGACCCCCUCCGGCGCCCGGCCUACCAGCUGUGCCUGGCAGGCCUGGCCGACAGCCUCGAGGCCCCGAGGCGGGAGUGAGGUCCGGGCCGCGGGCGGAGGGGCCAGGAAGGGAGGGCCAGGAAGGGAGGGCCAGGAAGGGAGGGCGAGCUUGCUUCCUCCCUUCGCCGAGCACUUCAUUAAAUACACACGCCGGGCUACUCCAGCGUGACACGAUGAUGUAUCACGCGAAGUGAGGGCCAGGGCGGCGCUGACGCUGCCCGCGCCGUCCGGUUGGUUGCCGACGAGGCUUUCGUAACACAGGGGAAAGGGACAAAAAAGAGAAAAAACAAAGAAAAAAGUAUAUAAAGC